GUCCUUGCAGAGCGCCGAGCACUGCAUGCGUGCCCAGGAUUUCGGCACCGCUUACGCCCACUACCUCCUCGUGCUCAGCCUGGCGCCGGAGCUGAAAGACGACGUGAAGGAAACUUUUCAGUACACACUCUUCAGAUGGGCUGAAGAGCUUGAUGCUCUCAGUAGAACACAAGACUUACUUGGUUGCUAUGAGCAAGCUCUGAAACUGUUUCCUGAUGAUGAAGUGAUUUGCAAUAGUAUGGGGGAGCAUCUCUUCAGGAUGGGCUUUAGAGAUGAAGCAGCUGGGUAUUUUCAUAAAGCAGUGAAGCUAAACCCUGAUUUCAGCGAUGCAAAGGAGAAUUUUUACCGUGUUGCAAAUUGGUUGGUGGAACGUUGGCACUUUAUCAUGCUUAAUGACACCAAAAGGAACACGAUUUAUAAUGCAGCAAUCCAAAAGGCUGUUUGUUUGGGAUCCAAAAGUGUUUUGGACAUUGGAGCAGGAACUGGAAUACUAAGUAUGUUUGCUAAAAGAGCCGGAGCGCACUCGGUGUAUGCCUGCGAGUUAUCCCAGACCAUGUAUGAACUUGCCUGUGAUGUAGUGGCAGCGAACAAGAUGGAAGCAGGGAUCAAACUCUUACAUAUGAAGUCGCUUGACAUAGAAAUUCCAAAACACAUUCCUGAAAGAGUGUCCCUAGUUGUAACAGAAACUGUCGAUGCAGGUUUAUUUGGAGAAGGAAUUGUGGAGAGUUUGAUUCAUGCAUGGGAGCAUUUACUUUUGCAGCCAAAGACCAAAGGUGAAAAUGGUAAUUGUGGAAAGUAUGGGAAAGUUAUUCCAGCAAGUGCUGUUAUAUUUGGCAUGGCAGUAGAAUGUGCAGAAAUCAGAAGACAUCAUAGGGUGGGCAUUAAGGACAUUGCUGGGAUCCGUUUGCCAACAAAUGUGAAAUUUCAGAGUCCAACUUAUUCUUCUGUAGAUACCGAAGAAACAGUUGAACCUUAUACAACUGAAAAGAUGAGUCGAGUUCCUGGAGGAUAUUUAGCUUUGACAGAGUGCUUUGAAAUUAUGAGAGUAGAUUUCAACAAUCUUCAGGAAUUAAAGAGUCUUGCAACUAGGAAACCUGAUAAAAUUGGUGUUCCUGUAAUUAAAGAAGGCACACUAGAUGCGAUUGUGGUUUGGUUUGCACUCCAGCUUGAUGACGAACACAGUUUGUGCACAAGUCCUAGAGAGGAGUCAUGCUGGGAGCAGGCUGUCUACCCCGUACAUGACCUCGCAGACUACUGGAUAAAGCCUGGGGACCAUGUGAUGAUGGAAGUGUCUUGUCAGGAUUGUUACUUAAGAAUCCAGAGUAUCAAUGUCUUCAGUUCGGAACAUGAAAUGGAUGUUGGGAAAAGUUGUACCAAGAAUAAAGACUUGCUUUCUUUAGGAAAUGAGGCUGACCUCUGUAGCGCCCUGGCUAACCUCCAGACCAGUAAACCAGAUGUUGUGGAGCAGACAUGUGUACUGGAAUCCACAGAAAUUGCUUUGCUUAAUAACAUUCCAUAUCAUGAAGCCUUUAAAAUGGCAAUGAGGAAAGUAUUGUCUGCACUGACUCCAGAGAAGCCGUGCCAAGCCAUGGAUACCCACUGCCAGGACAGUGAGAUCAGCUGUGCAAGUGGACAGGAUAAUUCUGAACAGAGUGCCUCUGAGCCUUUCUAUGUGUUAGAUGUGUCUGAAGGUUUCUCUGUUCUGCCUAUAAUCGCUGGCACACUUGGGCAGGUUAAACCUUACAGUUCUGUGGAGAAAGACCAGCAUCGUAUCACUCUGGACCUCAUAUCUGAAGCCAAUCACUUUCCUAAAGAAACACUUGAGUUUUGGUUGAGACAUGUGGAAGAUGAGUCUGCUGUGUUGCAAAGGCCAAAAUCAGACAGGUUGUGGAGUAUAAUUAUAUUGGAUGUCAUUGAGCCAUCUGGGCUCAUUCAGCAGGAAAUAAUGGAAAAAGCUGCUAUAUCCAGGUGUUUGCUACAAUCUGGAGGCAAGAUCUUUCCUCAAUAUGUGCUGAUGUUUGGGUUGCUGGUGGAAUCACAGACACUGGUAGAGGAGAAUGCUGUCCAAGGAACAGCGCGAACUCUGGGAUUAAAUAUAGCUCCUUUUAUUAACCAGUUUCAGGUACCUAUACAUGCAUUUUUGGACCUGUCCUCAUUGCCCUGUACACCUUUAAGUAAGCCAGUGGAACUCUUAAGACUGGAUUUAAUGACUCCAUAUUUGAACACUUCUAACAGGGAAGUAAAGGUACGUAUUUGUAAAUCUGGACAAGUGACUGCCAUUCCAUUUUGGUAUCAUAUGCACCUUGAUGAUGAGAUCAGGUUGGAUACUUCCAGUGAAGUCUCCCACUGGAAACAAGCUGCAGUUGUUUUAGAUAGUCCCAUCCAGGUGGAAAUGGGAGAGGAGCUCGUGCUUGAUGUCCAGCACCACAAAAGCAAUGUCAGCAUCACAGUGAAGCACUGAAGAGCAGUUUUUUGAUGAAAACUGUUUACGUAGAGCAAGUACAGAAUUUUUCUGGUCUGAAUAGUGGGAUUGUAAUCAUAAAGUGGGGGAUGGUAAAGACUUAGUUCCUUGUAUUGGUGAAAUAUUUUUUAAAAUUGACCUUAAUAAAGUGUAUUUAAAAGAUACUACAUUAUUGUGUAGCAUUAUUACAAAAAUGUUUGCUGCAGGCUUCCUUCCUGAAAAAGACUGUCAUGAAUUUUCACGUUAGGAAACUUUGUCUUUAUUGCUCAGUUUUAUUCACUGUAGAUUAAAUUUUACUAAAAUACUUUUGCCUACAUGCUAAAGCUAUAAAGGAUUUUGAGUCAUCUUCAUUGUCAUGUGUAAGUAAAGCAAAACUUAAUAUUCAGGUUAUCUUGGCUUUUUUUCUUAAAUCCAAACUUGUAACUGGAAACAUCAAAAAGUUGGCUUCCACUGAAGACUGAAGGUUAUGGUGACCUAUAAAUUACAAGCUUGCUUCUUUUAAAUACUAGGUGUACUUCUGAAACUCCUCAGGUUUUGUUUUUGGAAUACAAACUUACAUAAGAAUUUAAGCUAUAAGCUAAAUGUAACUUAGAGUAAAAGAGCUAGGAAAGAAAAUCUUAAGAACCCAGCACUUUCCCUGGGGGUCUGCUUUGGCAAAGAAAAAUGUAAAUGUUGAUAAAUUCAAGAAAGUGAAGAAGUUGAUAAAUUCAAGAAAGAAUUAAACCUAAACCAGUGUUUUUCAAAGUUUCAAAGUUUUGAUUUGGAUGCACAGUAAGAAAUAUAUAAUAAUUGGUCCAAUUUCUAAAGACUUGAAAUAGAUUACUAAGAUUAUCAUGCCUUAUAUGUACUACGUGCUCUUUGUAAGUAAGAUGCAAAGAAAAUAAGAUGUACCUUCUUUCCACGUUGCUUGUUCUCGUUACCUCUAAGAUAAUACCAACCAGCUUUACUUUCAAAAGAAAUGUUUAGUUUAUAAUAGUGAACACAAAAAAGACUUUGUACCUAAUUACUGUGAACCAGUAUAUAUAGGGAAUGUGUGUAAAAAUAUACAGCAAAAUCUCAAUAUAAUGUACUGAUUUGGGCGAGGGGGUGUCUGUGAAAGCCGAAAGUCCAUUAAAUAAUAAAGUAGGUUUUCCGAAUGUGUAUGUUAAAAAAUUGACAAAUUCGUUUACCUGUUUUUAUGUAGGCACCUUUGUGUAAUUAAAAUUAAGUAUGUGUGAAAAGUUUAAUUGCACAGAGAAGUUUUCUUUGUGCAUUACAGUAAUUUUAAAUUUAUACAGACUAGGUCUAGUGAAUGGGUGCAUUCACCGAGACUCAACAAAUGCACACAGCUGGGGCAUGGCUUGGUGCAUGUGGGAACAUCUGCCAGCAUGGUUAAAACUGCUACAGAAAGUCAGGCCAGGCAACAGGACCUAUUACCAUGCACAGUGUGAUGUGAUCACAUGAUAAUCACUUGCCAGACAUUGUUUAUGAGCGGUGACUCUUUGAUUUAAAUGUGUAGAUAAUAGUUGUAGAUAUGUAAUAUUCAUUUAUGUCACUAUAAUUAAUA